GAGGAAUCAAAGAUGAACUUGGAGCAGGAGAGGCCUUUUGUCUGCAGUGCCCCAGGCUGCUCACAGCGUUUUCCAACAGAGGAUCAUCUGAUGAUUCACAGGCACAAACAUGAAAUGACUUUGAAGUUUCCUUCAAUAAAAACAGAUAAUAUGUUAUCAGAUCAGACUCCUACACCAACACGCUUUCUGAAGAACUGUGAGGAAGUGGGCCUCUUCAACGACAUCGAUUGCUCCCUAGAGCACGAGUUUAGGAAGGCACAAGAAGAAGAGAACAACAAAAGGAAUAUCUCCAUGCAUAACACAGUUGGAGGGGCAAUGGCAGGACCUGGAUCUCACCAGCUGACAAACACAAGGAUGCCAAAUCAUGACACCAGCGUUGUGAUUCAACAGGCCAUGCCAUCUCCACAGUCCAGUUCGGUCAUUACACAAGCACCUUCCACAAAUCGACAGAUUGGGCCUGUCCCAGGUUCUCUGUCUUCACUACUGCACCUACACAACAGACAAAGACAGCCUAUGCCUGCCUCUAUGCCUGGCACCCUGCCCAACCCUACCAUGCCUGGAUCUUCUGCUGUACUCAUGCCUAUGGAGCGACAAAUGUCAAUGAACUCCAACAUCAUGGGGAUGCAAGGGCCGAACCUCAAUAAUCCAUGUGCUUCACCUCAAGUCCCCCCAAUGCAUUCAGAAGCCAAAAUGAGACUGAAGGCAGCACUGACUCAUCAUCCUGCCGCCAUGUCGAAUGGGAAUAUGAACACCAUGGGCCACAUGAUGGAAAUGAUGAGCUCACGGCAGGACCAGACGCCACACCAUCAUAUGCACUCACAUCCUCAUCAGCACCAGACACUGCCACCUCAUCACUCAUACCCGCAUCAGCACCAGCACCCGACACACCAUCCUCAUCCUCAGCCUCAUCACCAGCAGAAUCAUCCCCACCACCACUCUCACUCGCACCUUCACGCACACCCGGCACAUCACCAGACCUCGCCGCACCCCCCGCUGCACUCCAGUGGACAAGCACAGGUUUCGCCAGCAGCGCAGCAGAUGCAGCCCACACAGACGAUACAGCCACCGCAGCCGACCGGAGGCCGCAGGAGGAGGGUGGUAGACGAGGACCCGGAUGAGAGGAGGCGGAAAUUUCUGGAAAGGAACCGAGCCGCCGCCACGCGCUGCAGACAGAAGAGGAAGGUCUGGGUGAUGUCACUGGAAAAGAAAGCAGAAGAGCUCACCCAGACAAACAUGCAGCUUCAGAACGAGGUUUCCAUGCUGAAAAAUGAGGUAGCACAGCUGAAACAGUUAUUGUUAACACAUAAAGACUGUCCAAUAACAGCUAUGCAGAAAGAAUCGCAAGGAUAUCUAAGUCCUGAGAGCAGUCCUCCUGCAAGCCCGGUCCCAGCUUGCUCCCAGCAGCAAGUCAUCCAACACAACACCAUCACAACCUCCUCCUCUGUCAGCGACGUCGUGGGAAGCUCCACUCUCACCCAGCUCGCCAGCCACAGAACAGACAUCAACCCCAUCCUUUAAAGGUGGUUGAUCAGGAACUGCUAGGGGGGUGUGGUAGCGUAUCAAAGCGUCCUCUGUGCUAAGGACAUUUGCAACCAUAACUCAAGCCUGGAAGAUUCCUCAGUUCUUGAAAGACUCUGGCUUUCAUUUUUAUAGUUAUUAAAAUGUCUUUUAUACUUAGUUACAUGAAAGGGAGUUAUGCAAUUAAUAUGCUAUCAGCUUGAGAAAUGCUUUGGUGCUUUCUCCAGUUUUUUUGGUACCAGUUACUUGUUUAUAAACCUAACUGUUUCUGUACAUAGUCAUGUUUCCUUCUCACCAAUCUAGCCUGAAGCCUCAGAAAUACCGAGUUGUGUUAAACUGCAGCUUGUUAGCCAGUGUGAGGCAUGAAAAGUAUUAAACAGAGU